GGGAGGGGAGGAUGCUUUCGGAGAAACAAGCGGAGGAAGCAGCGGCGAUAGUCACCGGAGGCAUUACGCCGUUAGGCGAUGAGACAGAGAGGGAGAACGGCAGUGGAUACGGGAAGGAGCAGGAGGACGCAUCGGCCUUCAGCGCGAGGAGCUUCCUCUGGCACGGCGGCUCCGCCUUGGACGCCUGGUUCAGCUGCGCCUCCAAUCAAGUGGCGCAGGUGCUGCUGACGCUGCCGUACUCGUUCUCGCAGCUGGGCAUGGCGUCGGGAGUGGUCCUUCAGAUCUUCUACGGCUUCCUCGGCAGCUGGACGGCGUACCUCGUCAGCGUCCUCUACGUCGAGUACCGCUCGAGAAAGGAGAAGGAAAACGUCAGCUUCAAGAACCACGUUAUCCAGUGGUUUGAGGUGCUCGACGGACUUCUGGGGCCGUACUGGAAGGCCGCCGGCCUCGCCUUCAACUGCACCUUCCUCCUCUUCGGCUCCGUGAUUCAGCUCAUCGCCUGCGCAAGCAACAUCUACUACAUCAACGAUCGUUUGGACAAGAGGACAUGGACGUAUAUAUUCGGGGCGUGCUGCGCCACCACCGUCUUCAUCCCCUCCUUCCACAAUUACCGGAUUUGGUCCUUCCUCGGCCUCGGCAUGACCACCUACACCGCCUGGUACCUAACCAUCGCCGCCGUCGUCCACGGCCAGGCAGAGGGCGUCGUGCACUCGGGUCCCACCAAGCUCGUGCUCUACUUCACCGGCGCCACCAACAUCCUCUACACCUUCGGCGGCCACGCCGUCACCGUGGAGAUAAUGCACGCGAUGUGGAAGCCCCAGAAGUUCAAGUACAUCUACCUGCUGGCGACGCUGUAUGUGUUCACGCUGACGCUUCCGUCGGCGGCGGCGGUGUACUGGGCGUUCGGCGACCAGCUGCUGACGCACACCAACGCGUUCUCCCUGCUGCCGCAAUCGGGGUGGCGGGACGCGGCGGUGAUCCUGAUGUUGAUCCACCAGUUCAUCACCUUCGGCUUCGCCUGCACGCCGCUCUACUUCGUGUGGGAGAAGGUCAUCGGGGUCCACGCCACCACCAGCAUCUGCCUCCGCGCUCUCGCCCGCCUCCCCAUCGUCGUCCCCAUCUGGUUCCUCGCCAUCAUCUUCCCCUUCUUCGGCCCCAUCAACUCGGCCGUCGGCGCACUCCUCGUCAGCUUCACCGUCUACAUCAUCCCCGCCGCAGCCCACAUGCUCACCUACCGUACAUCGUCCGCGAGACAGAAUUCCGCAGAGAAGCCGCCCUUCUUCCUGCCGAGCUGGACGGCGAUGUUCAUGGUGAACUCGUUCGUAGUGGUGUGGGUGCUGGUGGUGGGGUUCGGGCUGGGCGGAUGGGCGAGCAUGACCAACUUCAUCAGGCAGGUGGAUACCUUCGGGCUCUUCGCUAAGUGCUACCAAUGCCCAAAGCCGCAACCACCGCAGGCCGCCGUGCCGCCGCCGCACCACCGCUGACGACACUGCGCCGUCGAAUCACACGGUUCAAUUCCCUGUAACAUUCUCAAAGCAAAAGAGAGAAUGCUCAGUGUGAGAGAGUUGUUUUGCAGUUGAUCUUUCAACUUGAGUCGUUGUCAAAAUAAUUAUAGUCCUCGGUCUUCGAAUGAGACGAUAGGGUUAUA